AUGGCAAGACCAAUUAAAUCAAUUAUUGAAACUUUGCUUUAUUAAAUUUGGAUAGUAUUGAUGGGAAUCUCUAUUUAUUUAAUUUAUAGAGCUGUAACUUAGGAUUAUUGGUUGAUACCUAUUUUAUUAGGAUUUAUUGUAUUUUAAUCUAAAGUUUAGAAAAGUAAUUUAUUUGUUUAAUUUCUAAAAUCUUUGGAAGUUAUGAAAUUUUUCAAUAAAAAUUCUAUCUAAACUUUAGAAAAAGUUAGAGAUAAAAAUGUGAUAGUAAGAAUAAAAUUUAAUCUUAGUUUGCUUUUCAUCCACAUGGUAUUUAUAGCUAUUCAACUAUAUCAAACACACAUACUCCUGGAACAUUCUUUGAAAAUAUGGUAUUAUUAGGAUCAAAUAUGGCAUUGCUAUUUCCAAUAGCAGGAUUAUUUUUGAAAUUCUAUGGUAUUCAAGGAGCAAAUCCAGACAAUUUUAAGAGAUUAUUAUCAUCUGGAGCAUAAGUAGGAUUAUUACCUGGAGGUUUUGAAGAGGCAACAAUGACAUCUCCAAAAGAAAACAGAAUAUUUAUAAAAUAAAGAAAAGGAUUUAUUUAUUAUGCAUUGAAAUAUGGUACUAUAAUAUACCCUGUAUUUGUAUUUGGAGAAAAUACUCUAUUUAAUACAAUUGAUUGGUUCCUUCCUCUUAGACUUUGGUUAAACAAAUUCAAAUUAGCAGGAACUGUUUUUUGGAGUAGAUUUCUAACUAUACCAGUAUAAAUAAUAAAUUAUAUUGUAAAUAGGAACCAAAUAGAGAAAUUCAUACUAUUUGUGGUAAGGGUAUAGUUCUACCAUAAAUUGAAAAACCUUCCCGUGAAGAUGUUGAAAAAUAUCAUUAGAUUUAUAUAUAGGCUGUAAAAGAUCUUUAUGAUUAAUAUGCUCCAUUAUAUGCAAAGGGAAUUCCAUUAAAAAUAUAUUGA